UUUUGUGUUUGUGUGUUUGUUUGUUAUCGCGCGCAUGCUCUUGCACGCGUUCGCGCUUUCGUGUUUUUCUAUGCUGCUAGGCGAGAGUAUGCUCCCGCUCCACUUCAAGCCGACUGUCAUUUGUUGGGUUCUGCGCGCGGUGAAAACCAUAGUAAGGACCCUUUUCCCUCUGCGUUACGGUAGCGUCAGGCGGUAGCGGGCGAUAGCGCUGGAAUUCUCGUCUGCUUGGUCGGGGGAUGUGCUUCUGGACUAGAGUGUCCUCGGGACAGACACGCUCCGGUAGUGCUCCGCUCUUCUACCACAGGUCGGGUAGAGUAUCUAGGACGGGAUGGCCGGCGCUAAGUGCCUUCUGAAGACGCCGAGUUCCACCAGCUUCAGCUCAACGAAAAGUAACCUCCAGUCAUCAACUAUGUUGGACAGCUCUGAGUUGGCAGAUGCAGGAGUCAGCACAGACAGUACCCUGGGAUACUCUGUCACUGCCUGCAAGAAGGUUCUGUGCAGUAACAGUGUGCUGGACUCGUCAGAGUACUGGCUGACCAAUGAGAAGGCUCUGUGUCGGCUGGGCCUCAUGGAGGACGACGCCGAGGGGAGCUGCAGCACGAUCUGCUUUGUAAAUCUGGACCAGCAAAAGGUGGAUCGGCACAACGACAGCUGCAUGAAGAAACUGGCGUUGAUCUCUCCAGACCUGCCCAAACUGGUUGACUCCCUGAGCAUGUGGCACCCCAAGGAGAAUGAGAUCCUGCUGCUUGGUGGUCUGGAGACUCCAGACUGUCACCCUCACCAGUACCUCGCCCACACACAGGGCCAGAGGGGUACUGAUGUGUGUCUUGUCCAGUGUGCUGGGAGUCAGCAGCCCACUCAACCAGACCGCAUAAUCUAUGAGAUCAACAAGUUCCUCACUGGGCUGCAGUGGGGUCAGGAACGGCACGGGUCCCAGGGGAGAAUUACAGCAGCGCAGAGGGUGGAUGACGACACCAACCGCUCCAUCUCAUCCAUAGAAGAGGACUUCCUUACCGCCUCAGAACACCUGGGGGAUGACAGUGAGGAUGACGGCUUCCGAAAUGAGCCAGGGUGCAGUGAUGUGGUAGAGGGUUUGACAGACACAGUAUGCAGGGAUACAUCUUCAUGUGAGAAGAGACGCCAGGACCAGCGGCAGGACAGCGAGGACUCCGAAACGACCAACUACGCCACCCCAGCAACCAAGCAACAAGGAGGGGCACCGGUGAGUACUAGCAGUCAGCACACCAAGGAGUCGGCUGGCCACUACGCCACCAACCUGGCAGAGUCGGUGCUGCAGGAUGCCUUUAUCCGCCUUUCUCAGGAUGAACUGUCCUUUGUACCAGAGGCUGCCGUGAGCCUGUCCCCGAUCAGCCACCGUCCACCUACUUGCCCUGCCCAGACAGGAGCAGAGGAGCUCCCUCGAUCACGCGCCUGCUCGUUCGAGCUCCCCAAGAUUGUCAUAGUGCAGAGCCCUGACAGCUGCGAGGGGCUACCAGAGUGGCCGGACACUCAGGCCUCUCACGUGACUGUGGGGCAUGGCGAUGGUGCUGGCGUUGGUGCUGCCAGUCAGGUACCAGCAAUACAGGGCAGUCCCACCACCACCAGUGGACACCACCCCACCAAACCUCUGCAGCUGGCGCUGGCAUGUGCUGCCAGCGUCAUUGGCACCAUCUCCAGCCCACAGGUGGCAGAGCAGUUGGCCAUGGAGCCGACAGAGGUCAGAGAGAUGGAGGGACAGAGGGCUGCCGAGGGCGCAAACUACUCGUUCUCCUCAGCCAUGUGUGGGAUUGCCCAGGUUGCAGGGGCCGUGGCAAUUGUGGACCUAGCCGACGAAAUUGUGGAAGGGGGCUGCGAGUCAGAAGAUGACUCCACCACAGAGGUGUAUUCAGCUGCCUCGAUGGGUCUUCUGUCUGCAGCACAGGCCUCCACGGCCAUCACUCUCCACUGCAGUGUGGCCGAGGGGACCAGCAUCGAGACCUUCCGCACCAGCAUUGCGGAGGUUCUUCACAAGGAGGCAGCAGAGGUGCUGGUUCAGCCCCAGGAUUACAGGAGUGUGGCCCACCUACUGGAGUCCACCCACAACAGGAUCGUAGCAGGCAUCACAUCUCCCAAAAUGUCCUGUCUGGAUGAGAUGGAGGUGGAUGAUUUCAUCAGCGAGGCGGCUGACAGUUUGUUUAAGCAUGCGUUAGAGAAAGCAAAGAAGAAAAAAGAACUGGAAGGCCCAGGGAAAGAUGUCCCUGACAUCCAGGGCUUUCUGCAGGAGAGCGUGAGUAAUGUGCUGUUUGACGUCCUUUGUCUAACAUCAAAGAGAAUUAGUGACAUUUCCAAAUGUGAUAUUGGGUCGUUUGACAAAGAAGAGGGGGAUGUCUGCUCCAGGGACUUUGAGGCCACUAGCACCACCAAGGAGAGCCAGGAACCAUUUACCCAAUUACAGCAUUUUGUUGGCUCCAGCCAGCCUGAUAAUUGUGAAUCCCAGAGCAGCCUGCUACACUAUGGAGAUAAGAUGCCCGACCACUCUGAGACGAGGGAGGAAAAAUAUGGACUAGAGGAGAGGGACAAUGAAGCUCUUAGCUCCCCGCACAUCAGAGAGCAGCAGCGCAAACACUCUUCAACUAAAGGCCUAUCCUCCACUUGCUACGACCUGCCGGGGCAGCCGGCCAGAGGAAACAUCAGGGACCCUUCUACAGAGAGCUUUGCCCACCAGGGCUCUUCAUUCCUAGGCACAGAGACAAGAGGGAGAGCCAGUAUGGACAGUGGACAGUCUUCUCUGACGCCCCAGUCCUCAGUGAGCUCCUACUCUACAGGAUCUUUGGCCUCCCAGAGAAUGGACUCAGAGUCUAGAACUCCAGUCAACUGUUUUGCCGACGAUCUGGCCACGACUGUUGUUUCCAUGGCUACUGAGCUGGCUGCCAUUUGCCUGGAGAACUCGAGCGGGAAGCAGCCGUGGUUCUGUGCACUGAAGGGCUCUGCUGGCGGGGGCCACUUCCCUGAGGGGGGCUACCAGCUGCCUUCCUGUCGCACGGCCCUCCGCAGGAAAGAGGGCCAGAAUGGCGGCUUGGCAUCAAAAAAGCAUCGUCCACCGCGCCUUAGCGAGAUCAAGAAGAAGACAGAGGAGCAGCCUGAGCUGAUGGAGUGCUUGGUCAACCGCGUGGUAGAUGAGACAGUCAACCUGGAUGAGAUGGCCCCGACUCUGGAUCCGUUCGCGCUCUUUGCCUCGGAGGUCACCGCUCGCAUCAUGAACUGCCCUGAGCUCAACGUGGUUGACACCUCCAAGCCUGGCCAGCAGAGCCGCAGCCGGCUACAGUGUGAGCGGUGGAGCCGGGGCAAGACUGCCAGCUACGAGAGCAUCCCAGAAGAGGAUGCUUGUCCCCCAGGCACCCCCAACACCCUGGGCCCCGGCUGCCGGCUGGGCCAGAAUCUGAGCAGAGGCAGCUCCAUCUCCAAGCAGUCCAGUUGUGAGAGUAUCACAGACGAAUUCUCACGCUUCAUGGUAAACCAGAUGGAGACGGAGGGUUGGGGCUUCGACCUGCUCCUGGACUACUAUGCCGGGAAAAACGCCAGCAGCAUCCUGGCCGCAGCAGUGCAGCAAGCUGCCACCAAGAAAAACGGCCACCUGAAUGUGAGGAACACUUCCUGCCUGUCCAAGCAGUCCAGCACAGAGAGCAUCACGGAGGAGUUCUACAGGUUCAUGCUCAAAGACAUGGACAAGGAGAACAAAGACUACAGCAUGGGCAGAACUAAAGAGUGGAGCAGCAGCCUAUUGCCUCCGUCUCCCAGAUCCCUCUUCUGUAUCCGUCAGUCCUCUGUACCUGACAGGCGUUCCUCGGACUCCAGGCUAACAGUCAACUCACCUAUCAAGGCUAACUCCUUUGACGGCUUCGCCCGCAACUUUCGCGGGGACACACUGAACAUCUACCCCACCAACUCAGUGCAGGUGGCUGCAACGGGCCUGUGCAGGUCUGACUCCUGUCUGUACCAGAGGGGCAGAACGGACCAGAUCACAGACAUGCUGAUUCAUGAGACCUGGUCCAGCUCCAUUGAGUCCCUGAUGAGAAAGAACAAGAUCAUUGCAGACCCGGAAGACAGUAUUGACCUGGUGGACGCAGAGUCCCAGACGCACGUGCUGCAGUAUGCAAACCGUCUGGCUGCGGACAUUGUGGAGACUGGGAAAUCGGUCAUGCAUGAAGGGGGAGGUGUGGAGGGAAGACAGCAACACGUGCCCGUUGGGGAGAGGAGAAGGGGCUUCAAACAGUCGCGCCCCGGCUGCAGUCGGAGCAGAGCCUGCCAGGAGCAGCCAGCAGGGGGCGGAGACAGUUCCUGUACAGCCGCAGGGCCACCUGUCAGGGGCCCAAGGGAGGUUCCUGUUCCGGUGAUCCACAUCGAGACAGAGCAGAGAGACGGCCCAGAGUCUGGGCGUCACCCCCAGGACCCAGAAGGUCCAGCCCAGUGGCAGGCUGAGAGGGCCUCGGUGAGCCACACCAGCAGUGAGGGAGACAGGACGGCCGUGCCCACUGUAGGUGAGGAAGAUAAGCUCUCUCUGAGUGCUAGCAGUGAGGACAGCUCAGGAAGCUGGUCCCAGGUCGCCCCCGACGACGACCCCCACGAAGAGACCAGUAGUUUCAUCCAACUGAGUGAGGGGAACGGAUACAGCAGUGCAUCGAGCCUGGGUGUGGCGGACCUGGAGGGCCUCCUGGACCUCCCCACUCAGAACACAGUGAACAGUGAGGAGGGGAGGAAGGAUCCUCGGAGAGAAAGCAAGGAGAAUCUGGAUGAGGGCAUCUCCGUGCGGUCUGUAGAGGGCAGUAGCAGCGAAAAGGAGCUGCUGGUGGUCAACUGUGACCUGGAGCCAGAGAGCGUGGACUCGGAGGUGCGAUUGGCCCUGCAGUGGAUUGCUGCUUCCGAGCUGGGCCUGCCAGCUGUCUACUUCAGAAAGUCUAAGGACAGGAGGACCUCCAAGUUCCAGCGGGUGAUGCGGCUGGUGUCUCAGAAGACAUGGAGGAUCGGGGACCUCUUCAGCGCUGUCAUCCAGUUCUGCGAGCUCCUCCACCAGGACCACGGAAGCAGCUCUCUGUCCAGCCUAUUUGACUGGCUUCUAGAGACCCACUAAGCUCUGCCAAUCCUCACUCACCAGUUUACUGUUUCCCAGCAUGCAAAGUAGGAAUUAAGAAAAACCACUAGCCUGGUAGCCAGAUGUGUUUGUGCUUUAGCUAAUUCAUUUUUCAUGCCAUGUUUGGCUGACAGUACAAUUUCUCGAGGCUGCGCCUCCAGUUAACAGAGUUUUGCUCUGAAAAUAUUGACUUAUAAAACAAACGAAACGCAUAAUCAUUUCUCUCAGCAUUAACUAACAUAUUCCUUUUAACUGUACAAUUUUGGAUUCUUUAUUAGGUUAUUGUUACCUAAAUGUGCUUCCAUCCUAGUAUUUAUUUCAGCCAUUUGUGCUGAAUGAAGCAACUCUCUAAAGUCUUGAGCAGCAGGAUCGAUGUGGCAUUUCAGAUUUGUAGAGCAGAACUGCCUUUUUUUCAUGCAGGUUUCCAAACGCUUGCCUACCCAUGAGCCCUUGUUGAAAAUGAAUUGGGACAGAACUUCUGAUGAAACCGCUUUAUGGAAACAUGCAAUGUAAUCAUGUCUGGCUACCAGGCUACAAACCCUAGUCUGGUUAGGAUCUGUUAUUACCAUAUUGCCAACUCCUUUCUUCAAUUGACAACAAGGAGUGGGCUGAAGCACAAACAGGUUGAGCUUCCCAGCUAGAAUAUUUCACCACACGUGAUAUUAUAGGAUUGGCUAUGGGACUAAGGCCUUGCAUUAGGCUGCAGUAGACAGACAUGUCUCCCUUUAAGGUCAGCAUGUUUAACAUUUUCUCAUGCACAGUGUCUAGGUAGACAAACCUAAGAGAAACCCAGCACUAGUUUGGGAUGAAGGCCUAAUUUAUUUAGCAAACUUAUCAGCCGUCUUUAAUCCUAGCCAGCAAUUUUUUUUUUACCGUUUUCCAGUUUCAUUGUAAUAGUCUUUAAUGUAUGUAUUUUGUUGUGUUAUUUUAGAAAUGAUGUGUUACACAAACACACACAACAAACAACAAGGCUCCAGCAGAACACUCCCCAUUCCUCUAAACCACUCAACACAAUGACCAGAUUACUUUAAUAUUUGAAGAGACUGUCAGACAGCUAACCUGUUCCUGAACAGCACUGUAGGAUUUUGUCCCAAAUGGGCCACCCACAGGACCAACUGAGCUACUUCAGAGACUCGUGGCUCUCCCUGAACUAAGCCAUUGUCAAAGUUGGCCUUUGCCUCCUACUGACAGCAACACAGAUGUGAACACUGCGCUUCUCAGUUAACCAGAGUGUCUCAGAGCAGGAGAACUGUUCUAGGGUUGGAUCUCCCUUUUGCCAGUCAUAGUACUUAUUGUUAUUUAUUAUUUAUUUAUCUACAAAACUCUUAAUCUGAGAUGGUUUUUGAAUAUGGAUUCAGAUGUCUGUGGUUGUCUUUACAUUGGCCCACGUUGUCCUCUUCUGUUGUCACUUUGAAAAGAAUUCCUCAUUAGUAAGUUACGUGUUGUUGUCCCUGUUCUUCUGCAUAGCUGUACAUACUGUAGAUUCUUCAACUGCAGCACCUUGGGGUAGAAAGACUUCUUUUGUUUUUACUACUUUCUGAAAGACAGUUGGUCAUGUCCAAUUCCUAUGUGAAUCUGGUUUUCUCUGCGUGGUGAUCCAACGGCAUUAAAAAGCACACAAUUACAUUCUGUCAACUCUGUUGUUGUAGAAACUGAAUGUAUCUUUGUCUUUUGAGAUCAAUAAAUUAAUGUAAUAUGUGA